CUUGUCCCAAUUGAUUGGAAAUAAAACCAAUUUAAAACAUCUUGAUCUAUUCUCUUAACAUUUUUUAAUGAAUGAAGUUUAAUUUGCGCUAGGAACGAAUAUUUAAAUUUAGUUGUGUAACCACUUGCAUUUUCAUUCAAAGAAAAUAUUAAAUCGAUAUGUCGGCGUUUCGCGUAUCGUUGUUGCUGCUUGUCUUGAUAAGCGCGUUCUUCCUGUCGGACGCUAUUCCGAAACCGGAUGAUGACCAAGUGGAUGCUAGUGACCACCACAGCCCGUUGGAUCACGAUUCAGAUGGUGAGAAGCAUUUCGAAGGUGGUCAUCACAACAAACAGUAUGAUCAUGAGGCGUUCUUGGGGGAAGAUGAAGCUAAAUCAUUUGAUCAGCUGCCACCGGAAGAGAGUAAACGCCGUUUGGGCCUUAUUGUCGCUCGCAUCGAUGAGGAUAAGGAUGGUUUCGUAACACUUUCGGAGCUUAAAAGAUGGAUCGAAUACACGCAGCGUCGUUACAUUGAUGAGGAUGUCGGCCGUAUGUGGAAAAUGCACAAUCCUGAUGGUAACAAAACCAUUAGUUGGGAGGCGUAUCGUGAUAACGUUUAUGGAUUUCUGGAUACAAUGGACAAGGAAGAAAUUGAAAACGAUGAACACAAUAUGUCUUUCAAGCGUUUACAAAAGCGAGACCGCCGUCGAUGGGGUGUUGCCGACCAAGAUUUAGAUGAUCAUCUAACACGUGAGGAAUUUACUGCAUUUUUGCAUCCAGAAGAUCACCCUACUAUGAAAGACAUAGUUCUAACUGAAACAAUAGAAGACAUUGAUAGCAAUGGGGACGGUAAAAUUACAGUAGAUGAAUAUAUUGCCGACAUGUACCGAAACUCGGAACCAAGUGACGAAGAGCCCGAAUGGGUUAAAAGUGAACGGGAAGGAUUCAGCAAAUUUCGAGAUUUAAAUGGGGAUGGAUAUCUUGACCGUGAAGAGGUACGUGCCUGGGUUGUGCCAAAAGAUUUUGAUCACGCCGAAAGUGAAGCAAAACAUUUGGUAUUCGAAGCAGAUAAUGACGGCGAUGAGAAAUUGACGAAAGAUGAAAUAUUAGAAAAGUAUGACGUAUUCGUUGGCUCCCAAGCGACAGAUUUUGGAGAAGCGCUAGCGCGUCACGACGAAUUUUAGAUUAAAUAAUUAACAAAAUGUAAAUGCCACAAAGAACAGAAUUAUUACUUCGCAUAAACUCAGAUAUAUAUACAUGCAUACAUAUGUAUUUAAAAUCUCUGUCUCGAAUUGAAAGAAUCAAUAAUUGAAUAAAUAUAUUACAUAUUACGUAGCACUAAAUUAGAAAUUAAGUUAAUACCCUUUUGUGUUAACACUUGCCAUUUGUAAUUCUUAAUCAUCUUAACAUUAUGUAAAAAUUAGGAAUGUACCGUGUAAUAGCCAGCUGGACCGCUUGUACUAUAUAUUACUUAUCUGUGCCAAAAAUGUUCAUUAGAUGUACAAUAUUUUCUACUUAUCCUUUUGUAUUUAAUAUAAUUUACAUAUCUAACAUACGCCCAUGCAUCUGUGUUCUCAAUAAUAGCAGCGCAACAUAUUGUAAUAUUGCUUAUUAUUGUGAUAUGUGCGUACAUACAAAACAUGUGGUGCUUAUUGUAACAUCAGCCACAAGCGCAAUCCACAAAGUUUUUAAAAAUCUUGUAUAUAGUGCACUUGUAAUAAAUGCCAACAAUACUCAAUAUA